GAUGCUUUUCAGUUUUUCUGUCUGCAUGAUGAUCUUUUUAAUUAUAGUUUUUGUAUAUUUGUUCUGUGUGUGUUUUUGUGGUGGUUUGUGAUCUCCAAACAGAGUUUAUCUUUUCACUGUGCUCAUUUGGUUUUGUGUUUGUUUACACUGUCUCUUUUCAGAUGAAUCUAUCUGUUUCUGAUGUUUCUGCUUCCAGUGUUCACUACCCUUUGAUAAUAAACCCCUGAGGCCUUCAUAGAACAGUUGGAGUUAUUGAUAUAUUAUAACUCCAUCCGUCAUAUUAUAACAGAUGGACUUAAAUACCAAUGACCCCUGUAGCAACUAGUUGCACUGAAUUCUAUUUAGACUUAUCAGAGCACAUGGAUGUUACUGUUGUAAAUGUGUAUGUCAUUUGAAGUAAUCGUGCACUAAUUUGUAAUUUUUCCUUCUUCUUCUUCUUUUUUUUCUUUUUUAUAAUAACAGCAACAACAGUAAAUGUCACUUUAAGUUGAGAAAAAGACACAAGAGUUCAUAUUGUGCCAGGUAAUCCUCACUCAUGGGACUGAACCUUGAACUUAAUCUUCUGUUUAUACAAACCUCCAGUAAGAAUUUCAGACGCACAAAGAUGAGGAGAGCUCUCCACCUGAAUUGCAUGAAUUGUUUAUAUUGUGUUCUGUCAGCCUGACCUUCUAAUUCUCUUUAUGUACUUUCAUUAUAAGCGACCACUUAAAAGUGUCUGCACAUUUACAUUGUUGGUGUAAAGAUGAAUCUUUAUGGUAUUCCUUCAGUCUACAUUUAUUUUCUAACUAGAAUACUCAAUAAUCUGAAAAAUUCUUAAGUUUUGAGUCAAAUAAUUAAAUUAGAGUUUUAAUGAAUCAGCAGUUUUAAUCAAAGCAAACAGACUGUCAGCACUGUAACACACUUUGUAGUCAUGACAAAAUGUGAAUCGCACGCAGAAAUCACAUUGUGGAUGGUUUAUGUAUAAUUUGGGUUACAGUGCUACAUGGCUCAGUAGAGCAGUUGCACCAUGCAUAGGUUUCAGUUCACAACUCAGUAGCCCUUGGUUUGAUCAUUUGUUGCACAUCUUCAACAUUUUCUCUUUGCCAUCUCUCCUGUCUAACUACUAAAUAAAAGCCACCAAUGCCACAAAAACGUCUUUUAAAAAUUGUUUCUCUUUUAAAAGAAAAAUUCCAAGACAGAAUAAACCAAGGAUUUUCAUCAUGUGCUCCAUGCGCCAAGGGCCCCCUUUACAGUGAGAUUAUGAUUAUAUAACCAGCAUUUAUAAAACCCCACAUAUCUGAGCUUUGCCAAAGGAUUAACAGUAUCACAUCCAGAGCAACCCCGAACACCUCAGAUGCCUUUAGGACAGGGAAUAAUCGUUUUAUAACCCUCGAAUGAAAACUUGCCAGCUUUUGUUUUGAAAAGAGAAACCAAUAUUCUCCAUUCAGUUUUUAAGGGAGGCUUAGUGAUCAUAUUUACAAUUCAUCUUGUUUUUUUAUGCACUGUUAGUGAGUCACCUCUGAGACAUUAACGAUCUGUGUUUGGACUAUAAAAGCAUAAUGCCUGGAGGAUUUACUCUUAGGACUGUGUAAGGGGGCUAACGGGAGUACUUUAUGAUGCGUUUCCCUCAGGUCCCACCUAAGCCCCUUUUAACUCACAACGCGUGGGGUACGCCCACUCCAUUUCUGCCGCGCUGAGCUCCAAGCAUCAGGACCCACUCUCUCCUUCACAUCAGAGUCAUUUCGGAGCAGGAGAUCCCUCUGAGGACCCUCGGGGAAUGGCCCCUGAACGGGAUGGCUCCAACACCACCACCACGGCCACCAGCAGAGUCUUGGCCAACCAGUUCGCGCAGCCCGCGUGGCGCAUCGCGCUCUGGUCCGUGGCAUACGUCACAGUGCUGGCAGUGGCCGUCUUCGGCAAUUUGAUAGUAAUUUGGAUCAUUCUUGCUCACAAGCGGAUGAGGACCGUCACCAACUAUUUCGUACUGAACUUGGCUUUCUCUGACUUCUCCAUGGCUGCCUUCAACACCCUCAUCAACUUCAUCUACGCAGCCCACGGUGACUGGUACUUUGGAGACGUUUACUGCAGGUUUCACAACUUCUUCCCGGUCACGGCUGUGUUUGCCAGCAUCUACUCCAUGGCCGCGAUUGCCUUAGACAGAUACAUGGCCAUCAUUCAUCCUCUGAAGCCUCGACUGUCGGCUAAAGUCACACUAGGAGUUAUCUUCUGCAUCUGGACCCUAGCUGUGGCUCUUGCCUUCCCUCUCUGCUACUUCUCCACCACCAGAACUCUACCAGGGAGAACCUUCUGUUAUGUGGCCUGGCCCCGCAUGGUGGACGACCCCUUCAUGUAUCACAUCACAGUUACUGUCCUGGUCUACAUGCUGCCGUUAGCUGUGAUGGGCAUUACGUACACCAUAAUUGGAGUGUCGCUGUGGGGAAGUGAGAUCCCAGGAGACUCAUCUGAAAACUAUCAGGCACAGCUCCGGGCUAAAAGGAAGGUGGUGAAAAUGAUGAUCAUUGUGGUGGUGACCUUUGCCCUCUGCUGGUUGCCAUAUCAUGUCUACUUCAUUGUGACCGGUCUCAAUAAGCGUCUGAUCAAGUGGAAGUACAUCCAGCAGAUUUACCUGUCAGUGCUUUGGCUGGCCAUGAGCUCCACCAUGUAUAAUCCCAUCAUCUACUGCUGCCUCAACAGCAGAUUCAGGGCUGGCUUCAAGCAGGUCCUCCGCUGCUGUCCCUUCAUCCGGAUGUCAAGCUACGACGAGCUGGAGCUCCAAAGCACCAGACUUCGGCCGUGUCACCAGAGCAGCAUGUGUACCCUGUCUCGAGUCGACACCAGCAUCCUGAGCAAAAGCAAGAGUAUUUGUUCCCGAGGAAACAGGUCAAAGGCAAACUCUGAGCAGAAUAAUAAAGACAGCUAGACUUCAUGGGACUCUCUCUCGUUUCCUGCUCAGAAUAUUAUGUUUACAGUGUUUUAUGUAAAUAAGUGUUUGGUAUUUUGACAACUUGGGUUGUUUUUUAAACUUCUUGCAUGUCUUUCCAGACAAUUAAGACUAGAUUGCAAGUAGAUUAAGGCUGGAAAAGAGUUGCUAGGAUUUUGUUUCACUGGUAGGGAAAAAAAUCUCAAAGCAAAGUCUUCAGUGAUUUUGAAAUCUUAAAUAUGGAGAAGUAGUUGCUCCACCUCUUCCAUUGUCCAGACGCCUUUGCUGUGAGACACACUUCCUCUGAAAACAGGAAAGUUGCAGUGUUAGUGCUUUGGCUUUGCACUGAUGACACACAUGGGGGUUGACAGUAGGCCAUCUGCAAUAACAACUUGCUGAAAGAAAGACAUUAAUGCGGGUGUUGACAGCAUACAGGACUAUGUUAUAGUAGGUUUGUGGAGCCAGUAUAAAAUAAAACUCACAAGAUGAAUGGUGGUUUUGAGGAUAAAGACAGAAAUAAUAGACAGAUCAUCUUAACCACAACCCAAAAUGUCUUUGGCAUCCGUUUAAAAAUCUAUUUCUGAUUUCAAAAUAAGCACUUAAAAGGUUAAACUACAUUAAUUUAAACUACAUUUAAAUUUUCCCCAAAUUAAAAUGUAGUACUCCACAUAAAUACAUAAACACUCAAGUUGAAGGGAAACUUACAGAAACCUUAGCAUUAAUGACUCUAGUUUUAAAGCUGGAAGGUGGAUGAAGAUGAUGGAGCAAGUGAACAAAACAGACAAAUUAUGAAUUUUAUAGACAGUGUAUCCUGUUCGACUAGACUUAAAGUUCAAUUCAUUUGUUGUUUAAUUCAUCUGUAAACCACCAAUUCACAACUAAUCUCAUCUUGAGAUGCACUAUGGGACAAACUGCUCCUUUUUCCAGUGGGUUUCAUUUGUGGAAUUUUAAACUCAACAUCAUUAACAUCCCUGGCAGAUUUAAGAUGAUAGUAAUGCUUUAGUUUUACCAACUAAGACAAGUUUAGCCAAGGUUAGGGUAAUGACUAAGAUACCAUCCAAACUCAAAGACUUGGAGCUCAUCAUCAAAGAUAAAUCAUCAAAGUACCAGCAGAAACACAUAAAGUCUGGACAGUCAAUAUAAGAAGGGUUCAGCUGCUCUAAUGCUAAUAAAGAUUGUUCUAUUGAUUAUUGAGAAGAGUACAAAUCAUUUUUUGACAUGUAGACUUUAUUCAAAAGGCAAACUAAAACAUAUUAAUAUAUUUUUCCCUAAAGCCAAUACUCCUUUUACAUGUUUUUUUUUUCCUUUGGAGAGGAACAGUUCUUAUUUCCCCUGAGAAAAAAACUCAUUGGCUUAAUGAAAAUUAUUUUGAAAUCUGCCAGGAGUAUGAAUAAUUUUAGGCUGAACUGUAUCACGUCGUGAUACAGUUGUACUCCAUGCAGGAGUACAUUUUUCACCUGCGACAACAUACCAGAGGUUACCUUUACAAAAAUUAACAAACAUCUUUGAACGAUGCGUAGCAUAUUUUCACAGAUUUUUAUUUAUUUUCAGGUAAAUAUAUAUAUUUUUUGUACCUGCGGUCCAUUUUUUGUUGCUUGAUGUCCAGUCUAAUAGCUUUUAUUCCUCUCAGUGAAAUGUGGAAAAAAAAAUUUUUUUGCUGCAAAACACUUCAAAAUUCCUAUUUCCAUGUCCAUGAAAGGGAAAUGUUAGUGCGUUUCAUUAAGAUGUAUAAUGUUUUGUAAAUAAGUGCUUUUCAGUGAUGCAUUAAAAGAGAAGAGUUGC